ACAAAGCGGGAAAAUAUUAUAAUUUUCAUUAAUCAGUGAUGAAUCGAUUUUGUUUCUAAGCUAAAACCCUACUCUUCUUCUUCUUCUUCUUCUCAAUUCUAAACUCUAUCAAUGGCUUCUUUCCCUCCUCCUGGUUCACUCACCCUCUGCGAACUCAACCGCGACCUAAUCACCGUUGACGCCCUCUCCGACGAUCGUGCCAACCAAACCUACGGAAAGCUUCUCGGAUUGGUAUUCAGCCCCGUGCCGUUUCAAUCACUGCCACCACCUCUUGAGAACGACGUUCCAGAACAGGAAGGAACUACACCAACAACCGCCAUUGCCGGGGAAACUGUUUCGAGAAAAGGUCCUGUGGCACUUUUGCAAGGCAUUGUAAAUGAUUGUCUCAGACGCCUCUUUUAUCCUAAUGAUGUUCAUUUGUUGCCUGAGGUUAAUCUUCAAGGAGUCAGUUGGCACCUUAAUAAGCAUAUAAUUGCUUUUAUUCCUGGGCCGAACCAAGUUUUAGUUCGUGAUUAUGAAGAUCCAGAUGGGAAGGACUCGAUUCUUUUGACAAAUGAGUCUCAGAGAGAUGUUAAAGUGCUAGAGUGGAGGCCUAAUGGUGGGAGGAUGCUUGCUGUGGGUUGCAAGAGUGGAAUUUGCAUUUGGUCUGCUUCAUAUCCUGGAAAUGCAGCAUCUGCUAGAUCUGGCACUAUUUCUUUUGUAGGAAGUUUAUCUAGAGGCUCUGGAAUUCGGUAUCUCUUGGUCGAUUUUCUUCGAAGUCAAAAUGAUGAACAUGUUAGCGCCCUUACAUGGAGUCCGGAUGGAAGAUACUUAGCUUCUGCUUCAUAUGAGAGCUCUUCAUUCACUGUGUGGGAUGUUGCUCAAGGUGUGGGGACACCCAUUCGACGAGGAUUAGCAGGCAUAUCAAUGCUAAAGUGGUCACCCACUGGAGAUUACUUUUUUGCUUCAAAAUUUGAUGGAACGUUUUAUCUUUGGGAGACAAACACAUGGACAUCAGAACAAUGGUCGUCGUCUAGUGGUUUUGUCAAGUGUGCAACAUGGGAUCCAGAUGGACGUAUGAUACUGCUUGCGUUUUCCAAAUCAUCAACUUUGGGUUCUGUUCACUUUGCAUCAAAGCCUCCCUUGUUAGAUGCACAUCUGUUACCUGUCGACUUGCCAGAGAUAUUAUCAUUGACAGGCAGUCAGGGAAUUGAAAAAAUAGCAUGGGAUAAUUCAGGAGAACGAUUGGCUGUGUCUUUUAAAGGCGGAGAUGAUGUAUACGGCGGUCUGAUUGCCAUCUAUGAUACAAGAAGGAUUCCUCUGAUAUCUACAUCAUUAAUUGGAUUUAUAAGAGGGCCUGGAGACAAUCCAAAACCAAUCUCAUUUUCAUUUCACGGGAAGUUUAAGCAGGGACCAUUGCUCUCUGUGUGUUGGAGCAGUGGAUUUUGUUGCACUUACCCACUGUUAUUCCGAUCUCAUUAGCUUCUACAAUGAGGAUUGCUGCAAAAUUUUGUUGGCUGAGCACAAUUUGGAGCGAGCAAACUUUGAUGUUAGCAUCUUAUGUUCUCUGUUUUGAAAUUAUUUUAUUUUUUAGGAUGAAAUUUCUUUAUCUCGUGUAUUUAAAUAUUGGCCUUGACAAAAGAACAGUUAUGUAUUUGUUUGGAAACCAGGUUAAGUAAACGGAUCAACAAGAUCAUGCCAUAUGAGAAAAAAAAAUGAAACAGCUGCGCGUUUUUGAAAAA